UGAAGAUCCCUGCAUUACCUCACCAGAUAAGUCAAGGGGAAGGAAUGAGAGACAGAGAAAGAGAGGGAUGGCUGAAGAGGGAGGACGGAGGACGACACCGUGCAGCUGAGACGCUGUGACUGGGGAUUGUUAGACGGGCUGUAGAGUUGCAGUCAGGCUCUGGGUCUCUGUUGGUCUUCAGUGGGGUGACUGGGUGUCGGUUCAGGGGUUGUUACUCUUAAGUUAAGUGACCUGAUUCCUGAAGCCUUCAUGUCCGAGAGGCGGCUAGAGGAUCCUGGGUCCAUCCCAGCGGAGCAGACCAGGAUGGAUCCAUGCCUGCAAUUUGGACACCAGCAGUCCACAUGCAGGGAUCCUAAGAAGUGGGUGAGGUCUGUGUGUGUGAGGGGGGUGCAACCCAACAGGACCAUGAAGCCCCAACCCUCCCCAGUUAACGCGGCCAGAGAGAGGAGCCGCGUGCGGAACCUCCGUCAGGCCUUCCACAGCCUGCAGGCAGCCCUGCCCUCCGUCCCCCGUGACACCAAGCUCUCCAAGCUGGACGUCCUGGUUCUGGCCACCGACUAUAUAGCCCACCUUACAGAGACCCUGGACCAGGGCGGUGCUCUGUCCGACCUCACACUACCCCCCAGGCCAGGGGGAUACCUCCACCCAGUCAAGAAGUGGCCAAUGCGCUCCUUGCUAUACUGUGGGAGUGUGGGGGAGCUACUGGCAGCCAAUCAGGUGCCAGCAUCUGGGGAUGAGACACAUCCACUGACCCCUACUCCAGAGGUCAACAUGGAUGAAUCCUUCUAGGACGAGUAGCAGUGACAUACCAAUCUAACUGUGAUCCAACUGCAGUAAAUGGCAAUGUAAACUUAAUGAAUGCCCUGGACACUGAAACUCCCACAAUGUCAAGGGGAUAAGAUACAAUAGAAAGAAUAUCUACAGUCUGCUUCACUUAACACAUUGUAUUACUCGUAUUUAUUAUAAUAAAAACGCUACUUUAGAGAAGUGUAUAAUUAUUUGUUAUACAUUCACACCUAGGGAAUUCAACAGACACUCAUAUUCAGAGGAACUUAUUGAGUGCAUAUCUUUUCA